GUUUGACAAAAGCAUUAUAUUUGCAUGUCCUCGUUAAGCUUUCGCACGAACACGUCCUUAGAAAUAUUUGGCAUCAAAAUGGCUGACUUGUGGGAAGAUAGAGAUGUUCGAUUUGACGUUAACCCUUCCCAAAUGAAAAUGAGGGCAGGGGAAAAGUUGAUAGAUUCAUUAAAUGCAGUAGAAGAUACAAAAGGAAACAAUGGCGACAGAGGACGUCUUAUUGUAACCAACUUAAGAAUAAUAUGGCAUUCAAUGGCACUUCCUAAGGUUAAUUUAUCAAUUGGUUUUAACAAUGUGAUCAAUAUAUCAUCUAAGGCAGCACAGUCAAAAUUACGAGGAACUACAGAAGCUUUAUAUGUAUUAACAAAGUGCAAUAAUACAAGAUUUGAGUUUAUUUUUACUAAUUUGAUACCUGGUUCCCCAAGGCUGUUUACAACAGUUAUAGCAGUCCACAGAGCAUAUGAAACUUCUAAGUUAUACAGAGAUCUUAAAUUACGAGGAGCAUUAAUACAGAACAAACAGCUGAGACUGUUACCACAGGAACAAGUGUAUGACAAAGUCAAUGGUGUAUGGAAUCUCUCUAGUGAUCAGGGUAACCUAGGAACCUUUUUUAUCACGAAUGUCAGACUGGUUUGGCAUGCCAACAUAAAUGAAUCAUUUAAUGUCAGUAUACCUUUUCUACAGAUGAAAACUGUAAAGAUCAGAGACUCAAAGUUUGGAUUAGCAUUAGUUGUUGAAAGUUCACAAGCAAGUCCUGGAAUAAAGCCUUUUCAGAUAGGACCUUUUCUCUUCAAGAAAAAAAAGAAGAGUGGUGGUUAUGUGUUAGGAUUUAGGAUAGAUCCUGUGGAGAAGUUACAAGGUACAGUGAAGGAGAUACAAAGUUUACACAGAGUCUACAGUUCCUGUCCUAUCUUUGGUGUCGAGUUUGAAACAGAGGAAAGGCUACAAGGUGAAGAUUUGACAGUAGAAAAUAUACAAGAUGAUGUUGAAAUAGAGACUGAUGGAUCAUCAGAUGCCUUCGCUGCAUAUUUUGCUGAUGGUAACAAAGACAAAGACAGGGAUCCAGUUUACUCAGAAGAAUUAGGACUGGCAAUAGAGAAACUAAGAGAUGGUUUUACUUUACAGGGAUUGUGGGAUGUCUUAGCAUGAUGUGCAAAAAUAUCACAUGAUGAAUAUACAUGUUUGUUUUGUAAUUUAUUGUUUAUAUUUUAAUUCAAUUAAGUUCCUGGAAUAAAUUCAAUUAUUACAGGAAAACAUACUUUUUAGCUUUCAAUAGCAUUAUAAUGUUUUCACAACCUGAACAAAAUAUUAUAGAGAUUAGUAUUCUAAAAUCUAAAUAUUAAAUUAAAUUAAAUACAAUAAACUGACAAUAUUGUUUUUUAUUAUAUUGUUUACAUGAUUUUUGUAUGAAACUAUUUGCCUUAUUAUUGUGAAAAGAUAACAAAUAUUUAUCCUCCUUUGCUUGCUAUUGAGAAAAAGUUUUGUUUUUGUGGUCAUAAAUAAUGAAAGUGUAUAUUUGUAGUCCGUCCAAUGUCAUAUAUUUCAUUUAUCACCUUUCUUAUGUCUGACACAAAAAUGCUGUAAUUUAAACAAUGUGUUUUGUUUAUUUAUGAAAUGCAUCUAAAGGUGGUACCUAACACUAUAGGGAGAUAACUCUGUAAAAAUCAGCUAAACGUUUUAAUCACAUUGUAUUGUUAAAUAUAAAAUAUUAAGCUUCUCAAUGAUCAAAAAUAAGUGUUUGUCAAACUGCAAUAUAUCCAACCAUUUUUUUCUGAGGAAGUGAUUGGUUCAAGUUUUUAGAAAUUUUUAUAUUUUUUUCAAAGGGUCAAAGUAAAUAUUUUGUCAAAAUUUUUUGAUAAUUAAGCAAGCCAAAUUAAUUUUAGUCAAGUUGUUGGGUACCACAUUAAACACAGUGUUGAAAUUUAGACUAAAAAUAUACAUAUAUGUGUACAAGUACUUUCAAAAUCAACACUACAACUCUCUGCAGAAUUUGAAACUUUUUGUCAUAAAAAAUCUUAUUUACAUUUCUUAUUAAAAAAAAAAAGUUUAAUUAUCUCCCUUUAUUUGUUUCCAGUAAACAUAAAACAUGUGACUGUGAUAUAUUUAUUUUGUAAUUUAUUAAUUCUACAUCUGGUAUCAUUAUGUUAAUGAAUAAACAUUUAACAUCAA